AUGAUCUCCCAUUUCCUACGCCAUCCGUUUCAGGCUCUCUGUGAGCUUCUCACAAACCCGAGAUACUUUGGGGCAGUCGCUGCGCUCGUCGUCGUUGGCGAUGCCGUCCUUACGCAGCUCAUCGUGCGGUUCAUACCCUAUACCGAAAUCGACUGGGAAACAUAUAUGGCCCAAAUCGCAGUGAUAAUGAAGGGGGAAACCAACUACUCGAGGAUAUCUGGGCCCACAGGACCUUUGGUUUAUCCUGCUGGCCACGUCUACAUUCACCAGCUAUUGUACAAAAUCACUGACGCUGGCCGGAACAUGGCACUUUCUCAGCAAAUCUACGCCGGACUAUAUGUAUCUUCGCUGAUACUGACCUGCUGCAUCUAUCGCAAAGCUGGCGCGCCGAACUGGCUCCUGCUUGCGUUACCGCUCAGCAAGCGGUUGCAUUCCAUCUAUGUGCUGAGGCUAUUCAAUGACUGCUGGUCCGUGACCGCCGCUCUCGCGGCCGUAUUGGCGUACCAACUUGAAAUGGACGACCUUGCAGUGUUGUUGUAUAGCACGGCUCUAUCCAUCAAGAUGUCCAUUUUACUAUAUCUUCCCGGACUCCUCGUUCUGCUGUACAAGCGCCGCGGGCUAUUGACCACAUUCCGGCAAAUGAUAACAAUACUAUCAUUCCAGGCUGUUAUUGCUCGCACAUUCAUCAAAGCCGAUCUCAGUGCCUAUCUCAACGGCGCGUUCGAUCUGUCUCGUGUCUUCUUGUUCAAAUGGACGGUAAACUGGAGAAUACUGGGAGAGGGACUCUUCUUGGAUCGACGAUGGGCGGUGGGGUUGCUAGUGGGGCACGUUUCGGUUCUUGUUGCGGUUGGGUACCGUUGGUGUCGUCCUGAUGGUGGUCCACUUCCUACCAUUUUGCGAGGUAUCUCACGGCCCAGCACUCCAGCAGGACUGGUGCCAGUGUCCCCAGAUUAUGUUGCCACGGUUCUCUUCACGUCCAAUUUAAUAGGAAUCUUCUUUGCUCGGUCGCUCCACUACCAGUUCUACUCCUGGUAUGCACAACAACUACCUUUCCUGGUCUUCAAAACACACUAUGCGAUGCCCGUCAAGCUCGCUAUUCUGGUGGCUGUGGAGUUUGCAUGGAACGUAUAUCCGUCCACGAACGUCUCCUCUAGUAUUUUACUACUGGCACACAGCCUCUUGCUCGCUGGGAUUUGGCGUGUAUCAUAG